AUGUUUGGAUGGACAAUUCUUGGUCCAGUCGGUGGCUCAUCAUCCAGUGCACCUUCCCAUACGGGUUUCACAAUCUCAAAUGAGCAGCUACAUGACAACAUCUCCAAAUUCUGGGAAAUUCAGGAUGUCUCGUCUCAUCGGGAGGAUUCGCUCAGCGUCGAAGAAGCAGAAUGUGAAGCACAUUUCCAGAGCACACAUACUCGCGACAGUACAGGUCGGUAUGUGGUGCGCCUACCCUUCAAAUCGAAUGCUCCACAACUCGGACAAACGAAGCAUAUCGCAGAAAAAUCGCUCAAUAGGCUCAUCAAACGCAUUUCUCACCAGCCUGAGUUUUUUAAGUUGUACUCAGAUUUUCUAAAAGAGUACGAAUCGCUGGGUCACAUGAAAAAAGUCUCAGAAGAUAAGUCAUCACCUACUGAGAGCUUUUACCUUCCUCACCGCGGUGUAAUGCGUGAAGAUAGUCUCACCACGAAGCUGAGGGUCGUAUUCAACGGGUCCUGUAAAUCAAGCACAGGAAUUUCACUCAACGAUACGUUGCAUACCGGUCCGAAACUUCAGGCAGACAUUUUCGAUGUACUGCUGUAUGUAAGGCAGGACAAAUUCAUCUUUACGACGGACAUUACCAAAAUGUUCUGUCAAAUUGAUGUUCAUCCCGAUGACUGGAAGUUCCAGAGAAUAUUUUGGACGGAUGAUCAAUCAAGCACCAGCGAGCCUGCAAUGUACGAUCUUACAACCGUUACUUAUGGUACAAAGCCAGCACCAUACUUAGCAUGUCGCGUUCUUAAACAACUUCUCAGCGACGAGGGCCACAAGUUCCCGUUAGCAAUCGAACCUUUUGAAAAGGGUAGCUACAUCGACGACAUCACUGGAGGUGCUGAUACUCUCUCACGUCUCAACGAAAUCGCGUCCCAGGUUGAAGCGCUCUGUCUCACCGGGUGUUUUCCAGUAGCGAAAUGGAAAAGCAACCAUCCAUCGUUCUGUAAAGUCAACUCAUCAAGUCUCAGCAGCAAUACAUCUCACCAGUUCGAUGAGUCUACGUGUAAAAUUCUCGGAAUGUCCUGGAAAUGUUCUCUGGACAUUUUGACUUUUACAGGCCAUACGACCCAAACUUCGGCCAUCACAAAACGCAUCAUAUUGUCAGAAACAGCACAGUUGUUUGAUCCUCUUGGAUUAAUCUCACCAGUCAUUGUUCGAGCCAAAAUUCUAAUGCAGGACUUAUGGCUAGAAAAGAUUGGAUGGGGUGACCCACUAACUCCUCAGAUAACUCAUCGUUGGAAGACGUUCAGGAGAGAAUUGGUUGAUCUCGCAAACCUCAAAAUUCCACGCUGGCUAAAUCUCACAUCUGACCUCUCACAUGUCGAGAUACACGGAUUUUCAGACGCAUCACAAACUGCAAUGGCUGCAGCAGUUUACAUCAGAGUUUCUCAUCCAAAUCAGUAA